AUUUCCUGUCGCGACUGUCGUGAGUUCCGAGUACUGACAUUUCCUCCGGAGCAAUAUAUCGGUCGUACCAUAACAGGAAACAGCAGAGCAGCAGUGUCAGUGGCUGGUCUCCUUUGAAAGUGAUAUUUUCUCUACUUCAGUGGGUGACGUUUUCUGAGGAGAAAAAAAACUAAUAAUGUCAGUCUGACCUCAGAGGAACACGAUGCUCUCAGCCAAGCUGACUCUGAAUGUCCUGAACCGGAUUCACCAUGGAUCUUCCUACCCCUGUCUUUACUCCCUGUCAAACUGCCUCCUUCACAUGGAAGGACGGAGGACUACAGAUGGUCUUCAGUCAGACUCCAGUAUGCUGAGGAGAGGGUUUUACAGCCAGAGUGCAAUCCGCCCAUCACUCAGACUACGGGAAACACAGCACUAUGGGAGAAGAUCUUUCAGUCUGUCAGCUGCUACAAUUGUGAAUGCAGCUCCAGCACCUGUCCGGCCAUAUCUCCGGUUGAUGAGGCUGGACAAGCCUAUUGGAACAUGGUUGUUGUAUCUCCCGUGUACAUGGAGCAUUGCUCUGGCUUCUGACCCCGGAUGUCUCCCACAUCUGGGCAUGCUCACCCUGUUUGGUACAGGUGCUCUGCUGAUGAGAGGAGCGGGCUGCACCAUCAAUGACAUGUGGGACAGAGACUUUGACAAAAAGGUUUCCAGGACGGCCACUCGACCCAUUGCGUCAGGAGAGAUUUCUAGGAUGCAGGCACUGGUCUUCCUAGGAGGGCAGCUCUCUCUGGCACUUGGGGUUCUCUUGUGUCUCAACUAUUACAGUAUAGUUUUGGGUGCUGCGUCAUUAUCACUUGUCAUCACCUACCCGCUGAUGAAGAGGAUCACUUACUGGCCACAGUUUAUGUUGGGCCUCACCUUCAACUGGGGAGCGCUGCUCGGCUGGUCCGCUGUCAAAGGCUCCUGUGAUUGGUCCGUGUGCCUCCCGCUGUAUUUCUCAGGAGUGAUGUGGACGCUGAUAUAUGACACAAUAUAUGCACAUCAGGAUAAGGAGGACGAUGUCAAAGUUGGAGUCAAAUCUACGGCCCUGAGGUUCCAGGAGCAAACCAAACCUUGGCUGAGUGGCUUCACGGUAGCCAUGAUGUCGGGACUUGUUGCAGCCGGGGUCAAUGCUGAGCAGACUCUCCCUUACUAUGCUGUACUGUCCACAGUGGCCCUUCACCUAACAUAUCAGAUUUACACAUUGGACAUUAACAAACCAGAGGACUGCUGGAAGAAAUUUGUCUCAAACAGAAACCUUGGACUGUUGUUAUUUUUAGGCAUUGUUGCUGGCAAUUUGUGGAAAGAAAGAAGAGACACUUUGCUGCAAAAUGAGGAAGCUUUCAGAUAAGUGAGAUAACAAUCAGUGCAAAUAUUGUUUUAUUACAUUUACAGUACAUCACAUACUGCAACACAACAAGUAUAUUUUGGGAUAUUUAAAGCUCUGUGAGACUGCAAAAGAGUUUAUUGGAUGCAUUUUCUUUUCUUUGUUGGUUUAUAAAUUCACUUGGAUAUUGUUGAAAUUAAAUUGAUAAAUGUGUAUCAGAUCUCGAGUGGUUGCACACAAACACACAGAAAUCAGCAACAUUCAGUCACAAUAAACACGCCUAAUUGGGGAAAUUUAACA